AAUUCGCAUACACACACACACACACACUGGUGUUUGUAUUAUUGCCUAAGAGGAAGAAAAAAAAGCUCUCCGAAAAGAACAAAAGAAAUGGCGGAUCAGCUGACCGACGAUCAGAUCUCAGAAUUCAAGGAAGCUUUCUCUCUGUUCGACAAGGAUGGAGACGGUUGCAUCACCACCAAGGAGCUCGGAACUGUCAUGCGUUCUUUGGGACAGAACCCCACCGAGGCUGAACUUCAGGACAUGAUCAACGAGGUUGAUGCUGAUGGCAACGGUACAAUCGACUUCCCAGAGUUCCUCAAUCUGAUGGCCAGGAAAAUGAAGGACACUGAUUCCGAGGAGGAGCUCAAGGAAGCUUUCAGGGUUUUCGACAAGGACCAGAAUGGAUUCAUUUCUGCAGCUGAGCUUCGCCAUGUCAUGACUAAUCUCGGUGAGAAGCUGACUGAUGAGGAGGUUGAUGAAAUGAUCCGUGAGGCUGACGUGGAUGGUGAUGGUCAGAUCAACUACGAGGAAUUCGUCAAGGUCAUGAUGGCCAAAAAGCGAAAACAGAGGAUCGAAGCAAGGAAACAAGGACCCAAGAAAAUGAAGAGCGGAAAGACUUACGGUAGCACGAAAAGCAAAAAGAUGGACAAGGUUCGAGAAUGCUUGGUCUUAUAAAUAGACAUUGAACUUUGGCAAGCACAACUCGUAAUAAUAAUAGUAGUAAUAAUAAUAACAACGCCGGAGAAAUAAUUUCAGUUUGAAGAAAUAAUGGUUAUGUUUGUAAGCAUUCUCAUGCAGUUGGGAUUCUUAAUAAGUCUUCUAUUGUAAUGUGGUGUUUCAUUUUAUAUUUGUAUUAUAUCAAGGGUUUAAAAGACUAA